GUUUGCUGUCAGAAAAUACUUAUUGCAAGUGAGGAACAUGUGAAGCAGAAUUAUUCAUUGGUUUCAGUAUCACUAAGUAAGCAUUGUCUAGUGGCAGUUUCAUUGCUUUACUUACAGUUGAAGUACAGACUGCAGGAAAAAGAAAAAUAGUUUUCCAUGAUUGUGAGGCUCAGAUAUAGGUCAUGGUGUCUAACACUGUCCUCCAGCUCAUCAACAGCCUCAACCCAUGUGUGGUUAGACAUAUUGGUUAGACCAGACUCUGAAAGAUGAUGGUUGUGGUGUGUUGAAGCUAGGCAACAGUUUGUUGAAAAAUACUUUUUGUCCAUCUUAUUGCAAUUCCUGUACUGUCUUCAUCUGAUAUCAUGAGGUGUAUUGUACAGUGACAAUCACAAGUAAUAACGAUUUUAUGUCAUCUGUCGUGUCCAUUUCACCUUGUCAGUGCUUUUCGAAGUGCACAGUUUAAUAAGUGCCAUGAUUCCCCAUGUUGAAUCACUCAUCAGUUCAUGGUGGUCUCACUUCAGUAGGACUGGAAAGAAGAACUCUGAAGGAAGUGGCUGGAAGUGACUAAUGUUUUGUGUUGUGCUAUACAGGAUGUGUGUCAUUUAUACUCUACAAGGUGUUGAAAGCGUUCCACAGGGAUUCUGGUACAUGUUGACUCCAAUCCACAGUUAAGUUGGCUGGAUGUUUUUUGGGUGGUGGACAUUCUUGAAAACCCCAGCAGCGUUGCAGUUCUUGACAAAUGGUGCACCUGGCACCUACUACCAUACCCUAUUCAAAGGGACUUAAAUAUUUUGUCUUGUCCAUUCACCCUCUGAAUGGCACACACACAGUCCAUGUCUCAAUGAUUAAAAAUCCUUCUUUAACCCUCCCCUUCAUCUACACUGAUUGAAGUGGGUUUAACAAGUGUCAUCAAUAAGGGAUCAUAGCUUCACCUGGUUCACCUGGCCAGUCUAUGUCAUGGAAGGAUGUUUUGUAUUCUUAGUGUAUGUUCAUGAAUAAAGCCAAACUGUUCAGAAUGUCUUACAGUAGAAUAGGCUAGUUGUGUUUUUGUACUGCUGAUGAUGUGAGUGUUUAGCGCUGAGGAAAAUGCUAUUGAAUGUAUACCACCAGCAAUGGGAGGGACUGUAGAAACUAGAGAGCUGUGAUGAAAAACUUGUAUUACUGCUUUCUCCUCAGAGAAUCAUGGUGGUCACACUUUCUCAUGUCACUUAAAUUAUUAAGUGACAAAAAUGAUGACCAGACCACAUCAACGCAAUUAUUUUCCUACAAGCCUAUGGAUUGCUUAUACAUAGAAAAGGAAAAAGUAUUCAUCCCCCUUGGUGUUUUUCCUAUUUUGUUGCAUUACAACCUGUAAUUUAAAUAGAUUUUUAUUUGGACUUUAUGUAAAGGACAUACACAAAAUAGUCCAAAUUGGUGAAGUGAAAUGGAAAAAAUUCAAAAUGGAAAAGUGGUGCAUGCGUAUGUAUUCAACCCCUUUGCUAUGAAGCCCCUAAAUAAGAUCUGGUGCAACCAAUUACCUUCAGAAGUCACAUAAUUAGUUAAAUAAAGUCCACCUGUGUGCAAUCUAAGUGUUACAUGAUCUGUCACAUGAUCUCAGUAUAUUUAUGCCUGUUCUGAUCUGUCACAUGAAGACCAAGGAGCUCGCCAAACAGAUCAGGGACCAAGGUGUGGAGAAGUACAGAUCAGGGUUGCAUUAUAAAAAAUUAUCCGAAACGUUGAACAUUCCACAGAGCACCAUUUAAAUCCAUUAUUAAAAAAUGGAAAGAAUAUGGCACCACAACAAACCUGCCAAUAGACGGCCGCCCACCAAAACUCACGGACCAGGCAAGGAGGGCAUUAGUCAGAGAAGCAAUAAAGAGACCAAAGAUAACCCUGAAGGAGCUGCAAAGCUCAGCGGAGAUUGGAGUCUGUCCAUAGGACCACUUUAAGCCAUACACUCCACAGAGCUGGGCUUUACGGAAGAGUGGCCAGAAAAUAGCCAAGCAAAGUAAACACGUUUGGUAUUCGCCAAAAAGCAUGUGGGAGACUCCCCAAACAUGGAAGAAGGUACUCUGGUCAGAUGAGACUAAAAUUGAGCUUUUUGGCCAUCAAUGAAAACGCUAUGUCUGGCGCAAACCCAACACCUCUUUCACCCCGAGAAUACCAUCCCUACAGUAAAGCAUGUUGGUGGCAGCAUUGUGCUGUGGGGAUGUUUUCAUCGGCAGAGACUGGGAAACUGAUCAGAAUUUAAGGAAUGGUGCUAAAUACGGGGAAAUUCUUGAGGGAAACCUGUUCGUCUUCCAGAGAUUUGAGACUGGGACGGAGGUUCACCUUCCAGCAGGACAAUGACUCUAAGCAUACUGCUAAAGCAACACUCGAGUGGUUUAAGGGGAAACAUUUAAAUGUCUUGGAAUGGCCUAGUCAAAGCCCAGACCUCAAUCCAAUUGAGAAUCUGUGGUGUGACUUAGAUUGCUGUACACCAGCAGAACCCAUUCAUCUUGAAGGAGCUGGAGACGUUUUUCCUUGAAGAAUGGGUAAAAAUCCCAGUGGCUAUAUAUGCCAAGCUUAUAGAGACAUACUGUACCCCAAGAGACUUGUAGCUGUAAUUGCUGCAAAAGGUGGCUCUACAAAGUAUUGACUUUGGGGGGGGGGUGAAUAGGUAUGCACCUUUUUUUGUCUUAUUUCUUGUUUCACAAUCAAUAAUACAAAUUGCAUCUUCAAAGUGGUAGGCUUGUGAAAAUCAAAUGAUACAACCCCCCAAAAAAAUCUAUUUUAAUUCCAGGUUGUAAGGCAAGAAAAUAGGAAAAAUGCAAAGGAAGGUGAAUACUUUCACAAGCCACUGUACCAGUUGGCUCAAAGCAGCUACGGUUUGGUAGCUAAAAUGCCAAUGUAUGUCAGUUGCUUAGCACUGGUAUGACAGUGGUUGUGUUCAUAUAAACUGUACAGACUGCUGAUAGCACUUCUCAUUUCUCACCUCCCUUGAUCAGAAUAGUAAUAGCCUGUACACUUCCUGUGUAUGUAUAAAACCAUGGGUCUUUGUACAGGAUAGUAUUACAUUGUCUCCAGACCCACACAAGGCCAGGGCUAUACAGUGUAUGGAGAGACUUGGACAGAUUAGGAGGAAAGAACAGACGUCAGGGCUCUUAUGGCUCGCUUCAACACAGGAGGAGGCAGCCCCAUGGAGGGAGGGGUUCACCCUAAACUGGCAUCCCACUCCAGCCUCUCCACUAGUUCCCCUCUCUUAGCCAAGCUAGCUGCCCUGGAGAAGAGCCGAUCAGGAGGAGCCCUGACCACCACUAACUCCCCUGCAACUAAGCCUGUGUUUCAGAAGAAAUUUGAGACCGCAGCCAGAGAAGAUGUAGGAACCUUGUUCCCCAAACCCCAGUCCUUCAAACCCAGGCCUGUGGAGACCAUCAGGGACACAGAGUCUACAGGGCCUGAGUCCUCUUUCACUAUACCUCCUCUGAAAAGACCUGUCAACACAGCCUUUCCGGACAACAAGGUCAAACUGGCUCCGGCCUCAGGCUCAGCCAAACCUCCGUGGGUAAAGGACAGUGAGUCAGAAAACACCCCUACACUCCCUAAACUGCCCUUAGCCCUCAAACCAAAGAUCUCCAUCUCAUCACUGCAGUCCAACCUUGACCAAGAGACCCCGAAGGAACAUCCAACACCAUCCACCCCCAAAUUGCGCCCGAUCUCCAUGUCCAAAUUCCUUCCACCCCACACCCAGCAGAACUCCCUCUCUAGACAGGAAAGUGAAGCAAGCCUCCCAACUUUGAACUCUAGCAAAUGUAUGCCUCCCCAACCUCCUCUCACUCUGAAACCCAACUUCCUGACAGCGCAAGCUGGAGCGAGGGAUGAACUGGUCCCUCAUGAAGAGAAUGAUGAUCCCUCUGCCCCUAAGAAGAAACCCCUGCCUAAUGUGUUUUCUCUGGGGGACCCUCCUCUGAAACCCAACAGGCCUCCCCAUGUUACCUUACAGAUGUUUAGGACUGAAGGUCCUGAGUUGAGCGCAGCGGGGCCUCCUCCUCCUAAUCUUGCUCCCCACACCAGCAGUUUCCCUGCACCUCUGACACCCUCCCUCCUCUCUAACUCCCCUGCAGCUAUAAUCCAGCCCAACCAGGAGGAUAGCUAUGACGACAUUGGGGUCAUGAAUCUCCCUUCACCCCUUCCCCCUGGAGGACAUCCCAACCUAAAAAUUGAGGCAGAGUUGAGUGAUGAAGAGAUGUAUGAAGACUUAGAGGAGAGAUGGAUUGAACAGGAGGCUAAAGGAUCGAAAGAAACCAACGAAGUGAAAGGGCAAGAGAAGAAGAGCGACAAAGAGGAGAAGAAACGACUAGAGCAGGAGAAGAAAAUGCAGAAAGCCAGAGAGAAGAAGGAGCAAGAGGCAAAGAAAAAGUACAAGCUCUCUGAGCCGAUUCAGGUGAUUCACAAAGCCAAGGCUCAGGUGGAAUGUAAAGGAGGAAAGACUGACCUGCCACUAACACAGGGAGAGACUAUAGAUAUCAUACGCAUCACUGACAACCCAGAGGGACGUUGGCUGGCCAGGAACAAUGAGGGAAACUAUGGCUAUGUAAGGACUGAGGCAGUGGGCAUUGACUAUGACCUUAUAAAGGAGCAGAAGAAAGGACCCCUACCUAACCAGUCUGAGGAAAAGCCUGAGGUUUAUGAUGAUGUAGGCAUCCUGGACAAUGCCUGCAGUGGGGUCAAGGUCCAACAAGCUGAAGAUGGUGAUAUCUAUGAUGAUGUGGAUGGAUCCAAUCAAAACAGAUUUCCCCCUCCACUACCUAAAGAGGGAGAUGAGAUUUAUGAUGACGUGGAGUCCCAGAGCUUCACUGCCCCUCCUCCUCUCAACAGUCUCCCUCAGCUGACACCUAAGGGAAAGCAGGAGGUGAUGGACCCCAAGAAGAAGAAAAAGUUUGAGAAAGAGGAAAAGGAAUUCAGGAAAAAAUUCAAGUUUGAAGGGGAGAUCCAGGUGUUAUAUGAUGUUACCAUAGAUCCUACCUUGGACAGUAAGAAAUGGGGGAAUAAAGACCUACAGUUGAAGCCAGGAGAGGUGAUCGAUGUCAUUGUGAAGCCAACAUACGGCAAACUGAUUGGCAGGAAUAGAGACGGGAAGUUUGGUUAUGUGUCCAUGGUCAAUGUUGCACAGGAUGGUGGAGAUGUUUAUGACGACAUAGGAGAAAACUGCAUUUAUGACAAUGACUGAGACUUCUGUGUCAGAAUGUACUGAGACAACCAGCACUGAAUCUGCAAUGCACACUGCAACUGGUCAUCUUUAUUUUAUCUGAUGAAAAAACAGAUUACUUAAACUGUUUAAUUGAUUGUCUUGAAAUAACUAUAGAUAAAUGUGCCUUGACUAUA